AUGCCUCUGAAUAAAGUCGAGAGUAGUAGGGAGAAGAAAGACGAUGUUGAAAUUGAAGCAACAAAUAUUUCGUUAAUCAGUUCAGAUGAAGAAGAAGCUCAGGUGGAGCAAAUUGAGCAAGAUGUCGAAUCUGAUGGUUUUGAGGAAGAAGAUGAGCAUCAGCAUCGUUCACCAGUUAGGAAUCAGGUGGAGCAAGAAACAGGGCAAAUUGAAGGCAUUCUAAUCCGCCAGACAUCCCAAAGGGUUAGAACUCCAACCAACAAUCCACUUGCAUUCCAGAGAUGCAUAGCACUGGACAAACCUAAUUGGAAUAAGAAGAAACCUGACAGGUUUGGGUUUGACCAAGACGAAGUUAAUUAUGCUCUCAACAUUAGUGAAGGAGAUCCAAGUACUUAUCGAGAAGCUAUAGCAAGUGAUGAGCGAGAUAGUUGGAUAAGUGCUAUGACAGAAGAAAUGGAGUCUCUUUACAAGAACUCUAUUUGGGAGUUGGUUCCUAAACCCAAAGACAAAAAGCUAGUUGAAUGCAAGUGGAUAUUUAGGAAAAAGGAAGGACUACAUGAACAAGAUGCCGUGAGAUUCAAAGCAAGGCUCAUGGCUAAAGGGUACUCACAAAAGGAAGGGGUGGAUUAUGAUGAGAUCUUUUCACCCGUAGUUAAGCAUACUUCUAUCAGAUUGCUUUUAGCAAUGGCAACUCAGCAUGACAUGGAGAUUGAGCAGAUGGAUGUGAAGACAACGUUUCUUCAUGGGGAUCUAGAGGAGACAAUUUUCAUGGCUCAACCAAAAGGGUUUGUUGAAUAUGGGAAAGAAAACCUAGUAUGUCGACUAAGGAAGUCCCUGUAUGGCCUAAAACAGUCUCCAAGAUAG